AGGAUAAAAGAUAAGAUGCACAAUAUAUAAUUUCUGUACGUGUGUUAUUCCCAAACAUAAUAUGAAAAUUGCACGAAGUAUUAGAGACAUAUUCUCCUGUGUCCCGAUCCAAUUCUUUAUUGCCUCUAACAAGAAUUUCCAGGGUAGGGAUCUUCUUGAACCACAUUUCAUGAGAUGUGUAGUUUAAUGCAGUUAUUGUGCCCCAAGGGAAAAUUUUCCACCGUUUUUAAGCAGAUGAACAAACUUCGAAUAUCUUAUUAAAUUUUUUGGUUAACUUAGAAAGGCAUAGAAGGGUCAUUUACAGAUUCCUGUUUCUUGUUGAUCUUUCAGAUUUGCAUUCGAUGUUGAUCUUGAUGCUCCAAAAGUUAGAAUUCCUCUCAGAUCUCGUGGUUCAGCCAGAUGUGAUAGUUAUUUUCUUUUGGACUUUGGUCAUUUUACACUACACACUGCGGAAAGCCAGUCUGAUGAGCAGAGGCAUAAUCUUUAUUCUCGAUUUUACAUAUCAGGACGUGAUUUUGCUGCCUUUUUUACGGACUGUGGCUCUGAUUUUGGGAGUUGCAGUUUGGUUAAACCAACUCAUGAUAGUCAAAUAAUAAGCUCACCACGGGCCAAAGAAGCUGAUAAUGUGUAUUCUGUCAUUGAUAGGUGUGGAAUGGCAGUACUUGUUAAUCAGAUUAAAGUGCCUCAUCCAAGUUACCCAUCGACAUGUAUAUCCAUUAAAGUGCCAAAUCUUUGAUGGUAGAAUUCUAGUUUCGAAGGGAAUUGGGAAUUCAAUUGCUACGUGGCAAACAUGUUUUCUGGUGCUUUCGGGGUCAUAUCUUUAUGUAUUUGAAACUGCAGAGUCUCAGAGUUACCAGCGAUACCUAAGGGCAUGGAUUAUAGGAAGUGGUAAUGGUGAAGAUAGAAUUGCUCCACUGCUUGUGUUGAGCUCCUCUUUCAAAAAAUAAAAUGGUGAAGACAGAAUUGAUGUAGGAUACAAUAUUUUAAUUUUUGGUAGAGUAUUA